AUGAGGGUUCUCCUAGCAGCUCUACUUUAUAUUCCAUUCAUCACAGCUGUAAUAAGGAUCCCUCUACUGCGAUUUAAAUCUGUCAGAGGAAAACUUCGAGAAAGAGGAGAGCUGAACUGGUUUUUCAAAGACCACCUACCUGACGUUUUUGUUCAGAGGUACCUGCAAUGCUUCCCUUCAGAUAUUAAUUUGUCAGGGGGACUUGCAAAAGAAAGGCUCUGUGAUUACAUGAAUGCCCAGUACUAUGGAGAGGUGAGUGUUGGUACUCCACCUCAGAAAUUCACCGUGGUGUUUGACACUGGCUCUGCUGAUUUUUGGGUUCCAUCAGCUUAUUGCGUCAGUGACGCUUGCAGGAUGCAUAACAAAUUCAAGUCAUUUAUGUCACAGUCCUAUGCACACGGAGGGCAACUAUUUUAUUUACAAUAUGGGACUGGGCGUUUGAUGGGCAUUGCUGCGAGAGACGUUGUACAGAUUAGCAACAUUUCCAUUGAGGCCCAAGACUUUGGAGAGUCUGUCUUUGAGCCUGGCAUGACCUUUGCCCUUGCACACUUUGAUGGGGUGAUGGGCUUGGGAUAUCCAUCCUUGUCAGUGGCGAAUGGACUUCCAGUAUUUGACAACAUGAUGAGGCAACAUUUGGUAGAGGAACCUGUGUUUUCCUUCAUCUUGAACAGAGGAGACGACAUUGAGAAUGGGAGUGAAUUGAUACUUGGGGGCAUUGAUCACUCCUGCUACGAAGGGUCCAUUCACUGGGUUCCAGUCACUGUGAAAAAAUACUGGCAAAUUUAUGUUAACAAUGUGAAAAUCCAGGGACAGAUAGCAGCAUGUGAACAUGGCUGUGAAGCCAUUGUAGACUCAGGUACAUCUCUUAUUACUGGUCCACUUGCACAAAUAAGAAGACUACAAGAAAACAUCGGAGCCAGCCCGACUCCAACUGGUGAGUUUCUUGUAGAUUGCAGAAGACUAUCCAGCCUGCCCCCGAUAACCUUUACCAUCAGGCACAGAAAAUUCACAUUAACACCAGAGCAAUAUAUAAUCAGGGAAACCAACGGAGAAGAAUCUUUGUGUAUUAGUGGUUUUCAGGCUCUCGAUCUUGGCACCCUCAACACACAAAUGUGGAUUCUGGGAGAUGUGUUUAUGUCUGCUUAUUAUUGUGUUUUUGAUCGUGGGAAUAAUAGAGUUGGAUUUGCAAAAUCUGCUCGUAAAGCGAAGCAGCAUGGGCAGAGGGAGUAG